AUGGAGACCCAGAGGGACAGCCGUUCCCUGGGGCGGUGCUCACUGUGGCUACUGCUGCUGGGCCUGGUGAUCCCUGUGGCCACCGCUCAGGCCCUCAGCUACGAGGAGGCCGUGCUCCGUGCUGUGGAUGGCCUCAACCAGCGGUCCUCAGAUGAUAAUCUCUACCGCCUCCUGGAGCUGGACCCGCAGCCCAAGGGAGACGAGAACCCAGACACCCCAAUGCCUGUGAGCUUCACGGUGAAGGAGACUGUGUGCCCUAGGUCGACACAGCAGCCACUGGAGCUGUGUCCCUUCAAGGAGAAUGGGCUGGUUAAACAGUGUUUGGGGACAGUCAUCCUGGACCCAGUCAAGGAGUACUUCGACAUCAGCUGUGAUGAGCCCCAGCGUGUCAAGAGAUCUGGCCAUUUUAUUCAUACCCUGGGAAUUAUCAUUGGUCUUCCUCGACAUCAGCUCCUUAUAGCAUAA